UACAGUCACAUUGAGUGGUCACAUACAUGCUGAUCAAUGAACAGUAUACAAUAUUCCUCAUUGAUCGAUGCUUUUACGAUUACCAAUGAUUACUACUUUUUGUCAUUGUAUCGCAUUCUUGUUCCCUUUAUAAUCUGUUCAUUUUAAUUUAUGCACCUUUUGUAGUGCUUUUAUACGAGAACUUAAUCGUCUGUUGAUCAGUUUUUUAUGAAGAAUCAUAGUCGUUUACACGUGAUUUUGUUAUAAACAGAAUGUUGACUUGCGAAGCACACGGUUGUCGUUCGAACGAGAUUACGAAAAUCGAUGGAAGAGAUAUUUUAUUAUUUCCUUUUCCCGAGAAUACAGCGCAAAGAAGAGACUGGUUUAGCAACUGCCAAAUAAAUGAGAAUACCGAAAGCAAUAAGCCACUGUAUCUCUGCGAACUGCACUUCGAUAAAUCGAGCAUCACCGACUCCAAGGAGUUAGUUCCUAAUGCUGUUCCAGCUGUUCUUGGUAAAUCGAUUGAAGAUGAAAAGAAACGUAAAGCCAAAGAUGUGUCAGAAACCGAAUUAUCAAAAAUGGGGUUGAAACAAAAAAAAUUAGAUGACAGUUCAAGUACAGUGACUCCGAUAAUGGAAAACCCAUGUGACCCAUCGAUGGAAAAGAUAGAAAAGAAAAAUGAGAACGAUGGAACAGACAUACCUGUCAGUAACAAAGUACUGAAUAUACGUACUCGUAUCAAUCCUGAUUCGUGCCAAGGAACAAGACAGAAAGUGUAUCGUCUAACGAUACAAAUAGAUAAAAUAUAUGGGAAACCUUGCCCAAAAUCAAAAAAACUUAAGAUAAUACAACAGCUAUUGAAACAGUACCAACGAUCGUUCAAACUGACAAGUAACGAUGGGGUUCAGCCCGUACAGAAAGCUGGAAGCGCGGUGUGCGCGAAAGGAGGCUGCAAAUUGAAGAAGUCUACUUACGAUUCGAAGCCAGCGUUUCAAUGCGAGCACUGUGAUAAAUAUUAUGUAAUGAAAAACAAUGAGGAACAGACGAACAGCUGUCCGAUAUGCCACAAGUCUUUCGUGUCGCCGCAGUCCCUAUACCUUCAUACCAAAACCCACUUUGUAUGCGAUAUAUGCCACGCGGAAUGUUCGCAAGCGAGUUACCAAAAGCACGUCGGAUUACACGUUAGCACGGAUCCAUUGCGUCCGUACAAAUGCCAUCAGUGCAUGGAAACGUUUGAACUGAAGGAAGACGUGAAACAGCAUUAUUCGGUAGCUCACCCGGCCGUUAAAUUGCAGAACACCGUUUUCCAAAUGUCUGCGGUACCUUUGACACAACAAGCUUCUCCGCAACGAGAUCAUCGUUGCGUCGAUUGCAAUAUCACGUUCAGGAACGAACAAGCUUACAGGAACCAUGUGAGCUCUCAUCAGAAAAAAGAGGGCUUGAGGCGUAGCAUCGGCGAUGGCAGCAGCAACAUAUUUCCAGUAGUGCCGAAUCCGAUUACUGCCAGUCAAAUAGGAAUUUUGCGGGCUGUGAAGUUCAGCUGUAGAGUUUGUUCAAUGGAAUUCGAUAACGUGGCCGAGGUUGACAGACAUACGAGAACGCAUCUAGAGGAGGACAGCGAUGAGGAUCGCAAGUGUAAUACAUUAUCCGUGACGUGAAUGUAUAUUCUUCACAACGCGAACGGAGGAGUGGAUCGAGGAUCAAACGACGUUCGAGUGAGAGGAGAAAGAGGAGCGAAGUUUGUCAUCAAGCAGGGACAAAGCUGGAUUCUAUGGAUCUUAACGACAAGUGCACGGAGCACGAGUAUGGACGAUGGGGCGAAGUUUCCUCAGAACCAGCGGAAAAAUUGGCCGAAGAACGAAGAUAAUAGCGAGCGGGUUUCUUUGACGUCGACUCUUCGCGUUCCGACGCUGAAUGAAUCUCAUUUUCCCGAAAGGGACCGUCGAUGGUAGAGGGGGUAAAAGGGAGGAGAAAAACGAGGGCAGACCGACGUUGAAAGGGAGCCGACGGAACAAUUGUCACGAUGUUCAUGGUCGCGCUGUCAACGGGGACACCACUUCAAACGUAGCCGGCGCUCAAUGUGUUUAUUUGGUAUGGCCAACGUCAAAUUUACUCGUCGAGAAAGGAGAGACACUCGUACUCCGGUGAACACCUUGCGUGCGCCCCUGUUUUCUCGCGUCCCGAACAAAAUCGGAUCGUUUCGCCGCGCUCGAUCAUCGGCACUUGGGCGUGGCUCGUGUUUCCCUAUUGUCGAUCUCUGACUCUUCUCGAAGUGUCAAGUACUUUCCUGGUUCCUGGUAACGUACCUCGCUCGUUGAAACGUCCGGUCACCGUCUUUAUUAAACGUGGAGAGAGUCGCGUUUUGAACAUAUACUUUCGUAUUUCUUAGGUGCUUCAGAAAUACGUAUCAUUACGCAGGUUCUUUUUACACGAACAUGAACAUUGUUCAUGAAAAAGAAAAUUGUUCAAGUGUAUGUAAUCAUGAAAAGCGACGUGUUCCAAUUUGUUUGGAAAGUGCUGAUCUACGUGCGUGUAUUUAGUAACGGCCUGUCAGGGUCGGUAGCAAAGAGCGGAGCGACGCCCGUCCAGGUAUCGCUGACAAAGGAAACGACUCUAUUAAUUCGCUAUGGUUUUUCAUAGUCGCUAAACGGCUGCUCCUGCGCUGAUGUAUUUCUCUUCGAGGGUGCCGUGAAAAUUAAGGACGACGGAAGGCCGUCGCACGACGAAUCGCCUGAUCUCCCGUGACCGGCCAAAGCGUCUUGUAUUACGUGAGAGGUACCAAAUACAAUUUAAUCUAACAUAUAUAUAAUCAUAUAUAUAAUACAUUUCGAAUGUUAAGAGCAGGAGAGUCAGUGUUUUACAAACGAAACGAAAUCCGUUAAGGAUCUAGCUUUUAUUUGAUCAAUGUUGAUAAUAACAUUUUUAUUGUUAAUAAAUCGA